GAUUGACAUCAAAAAGCUGUCUGAUAGAGGACAAGACAUAUACAUCAAAAUGGAUUCGUCAGGGCUAGUAUCUGACACAGGUUUAAAGAGAAAGAAGGGAGAGAUACUUGCAGUGAGUUUCUCAUUGUUGAUGGCAAUGAUUCUGCUCGGCCUGAUUCUGUUGUUGCACACACGGAAAAAGAAGAUGAAACUAAAAAACAAAGAAUUUGAGCUGCCACUAUUCCAAUUUUCGACAAUAACAAGAGCCACAAAUAACUUCUCAGUCGAGAACAAGAUUGGAGAGGGUGGAUAUGGACAUGUGUACAAGGGGUUGCUGGAAGACGGACAAGAAAUAGCCGUGAAGAGACUCUCAAGGACUUCCAUGCAAGGAUUUGAUGAAUUCAAGAACGAAGUUAUCUAUAUUGCCAAGCUUCAGCACCGAAAUCUUGUGAGACUUUUGGGUUGCUUCAUUCAAGGAGAAGAAAAGAUUUUGAUCUAUGAAUACAUGCCUAACAAAAGCCUGAACUCAUACAUAUUUGAUCAAACAAAGAGCAAAUUACUGGAUUGGCCAAAGCGUUUCCACAUCAUAAAUGGAAUUGCUCGUGGAUUAUUGUAUCUCCAUCAAGAUUCUCGACUAAGGAUUAUCCAUAGAGACCUUAAAGCAAGCAAUGUUUUACUAGAUAUGGAAAUGAAUCCAAAGAUUUCAGACUUUGGCCUGGCCAGAAGUGUUGCAGGAAAUGAGAUGGGAGCAAAAACACGUCAUGUGGUUGGGACAUAUGGGUAUAUGUCCCCUGAAUAUGCAGUAGAUGGGUUGUUCUCGGUAAAAUCAGAUGUUUUUAGCUUUGGUGUCUUGGUGUUGGAGAUUGUGUGUUGCAAGAGAAAUAGAGGAUUUGUCCAUCAAGAUCACAACCUU